AUGGAUCUCAACCAAACCCAGUUGUACGUCAGAGCGAAAAUCACCAAAGCGGACGGCUCCAACCUGACAGACGCCGACCACGUGGGUCCCGUCAACUUACUUCUACAGUCCCUAUUCAGCCAGAUUGAUGUGAGUCUGAACGAACGUCUGAUCUCCCCCUCCACACCUACCUACCCCUAUCGCGCCAUAAUCGAAACACUGCUCAGCUACGGCAGCGAUGCUCAAAUCUCUCAGCUGACUGCCGCUUUGUUCUAUAAAGACACCGCCGGCAAAAUGGACAGCGCAAACCCUACAGCGGCAGACGAUGCGGUCAACCAUGGGCUGAAGAAGAGAUACCAGUUUACAAAGGGAAGCAGCGAGGUGGACAUGAUCGGCCCGAUUCACAGCGACAUUUUCUUUCAAGACAAUCACAUGCUGAAUGGCGUGGACUUGAAAUUGAAACUGAUUCGCAGCAGCAACGCGUUCUGUCUCAUGGCCGCUGGGGGAAACCCCACCUACAAAGUGGUCAUCCUAAACGCGUCCGUUUUUGUCAGGAAAGUCAAAGUCAGUUCGGGCGUUAUGCUGGGAUACAUGAAAGCUCUGGAGAAAGGCACCGCCAAAUACCCCAUCAAACGCAAUCUGUGCAAGAUGGUGUCUGUGCCCCGCGGUAAUCUAACCCUCACGCAGGACCACGUGUUUCUGGGUCAACUUCCAAACCGUAUCGUAGUUGGAUGUGUGACCAACGAAGCAUUUAACGGACGGUAUGGGAAAAACCCCUUUAAUUUCCAACACAUGAAUAUCAACUUUUUGACAGUUCACUUGGACGGGGAACAAAUUCCCUAUUCACCUCUGAAACCGAAAUUUAAAGAACCGGGUAAGAAUUACAUCAGAGCCUACCAGACCCUCUUCUCCGGUGCGGAUAAAAUGUACCAAGACGAAGGCGUCGCCAUCACUCGUGACGACUAUCCCGCGGGGUACGCACUGUUUGCGUUUGAUCUGAGCCCCAACCUAUCUGUGGGAGGACACUUCAAUCUCGUGAGGCGUGGCAACCUGAGACUGGACGUCCACUUUGCCAAUCCACUGGAGGCAACCAUCAACGUCAUCAUCUACGCCGAGUUCAACAACAUCAUAGAAAUUGACCAGGUUUUACCAAGCAUUACUUCAGAGGCGUUUUUGCCUGCGAUCAGCUGCCUAAGCACUACGUGCCCCGACCGAGCGCCCUCAUUUUUAAUACGGACCCAUCCACGAAACCCGGUCAGCACUGGGUGGCCAUUUACAUCACGCGGGAUGGGGAGGGAGAGUAUUUCGAUUCCUACGGACAACCGAUGA